AUGGCAUCCAGUUCAAGAUCAAUAAAGGUUCCAGUAUUUGAAGGAAAGAAUUUUGAGCAUUGGAGAAUACAUAUGGAGAACAUAUUCAGAUACCAGGAGGUAUGGGACAUUGUUGACACAGGUUAUGUUGAACCUGCAGCGAAUGCAGUGUUGACUGCUGAACAAACAACAGCUUUACAAGAAAGUAGGAAGCAGAAAGAGAAAUCAACCUAUAUUCUUCAUCAAUGUGUGCAUGAAUCUCUGUUCGACAGAAUUGUAUGGAAACUUCAGAAAAGUGUCAUAUUUUUUCUCAAGAGAACUAGUGAGAUGAAAUCAAAUGGUGAUACUAUAGAAGAUGCUGCAAUUGUGGAGACAAUUCUACGGAGUUUACCAGAGAGUUUUGAAGCUGAAGUAAGUGCAAUAGAAGAAUACAACUCAGCAGCAACUAUGAGUUUAGAUGAAAUAUUAGGUCACUUUCAAAGAGGGUGCCCUGAAAAGAAGUUUGAAACACGAAAUAAUGAAAAUUUUGUUGAGAAACAACAAUAUGAUUUUGAAGUUCUCUUAUUGGCAUGUUUUACAGCUCAAGAACAAAACAAAAGCAAGUGGUAUUUGGAUACUGGAUGCAGUAACCAUAUAUGUGGAAUGGAAGAAUUAUUUGUGGAUUUAGAUGAAUCAGUAAACACAAGUGUAAUGUUUGGGAACAAUGAGAUAGUUACAGUAAUGGGAAGAGCGAAGAUUGGUAUUAUUCUUAAGAAUGAAGCUUAUUCAUGCAUCUUAGAUGUUUAUUAUGUUCUUGGUCUAUAUAAAAAUCUACUAAGUAUGGGGCAGUUAGUAGAAAGAGGUUAUAGUAUGAAUAUCUCAGAUGGUGUUUGUUCGAUUCGUGAUACAAGGAAGAAGUUGUUUGCAAAGGAGAUGGUUUCAGGAUUGCCACCUAUAGACAAUCCUGAGAAGCAGUGUGAAAGUUGUAUAUUUGGAAAACAACAUAGAGAUGUUUUUCCUGUAAAAAAAACAAAACUAGCAGAACAACCUCUGGAAUCGAUUCAUUCUGAUCUUUGUGGACCUACAGAAGAAAUUUCACGUGGAGGAAAUAAAUAA